AUGAGGCUAACGUUGUAUUUAAUAGUUACCAUCGGUUUGGUAGACACACACUGCGCUUCCUUAAAAUACAUUUUAAAAUCUCUUAAAGUCGAGCUUCGCUACGAAACGAUUCUUCUUUUAGAAAGUUCGACUGAAAGUAAUUCGUGUUGGAAACAGAAAUACAUUCAAAACCAGAUGCCCAUCCUAAAUCUCAACGCAAAUCAAAGCUUGUAUCUAAAAGAUAAAUUCAAUACAAAUAUGCUGGCACUAGUUUGCUUGAACGAAAACGAAGAAAACACCAUGCUGGCUCUCUAUGAAAAUAUGGAAGAUAUGCGCGAUACUCCCACUAUAUUAUUCGUGCGUUCGGAUUUCGAAAUUAGGGAUAUAUUCGUGGAGUGCCAAAAAAAGAAAAUGCUCAAUGUGGUGGCUUUCACAGGUUUAGAAACUGAGUUUAUUUACAGCUUCCAACCAUUCCCAAGAUUUCAGUUAAUCAAAAGAAGUGUAAAGGAAACUGCUAUAUAUUUUGAAGAACAUCUUACUGAUCUGGGCGGCUAUACCCUCAGUGCACUACCCGAUAAUGUAAUACCUCGAACAGUGGUCUACAGGAAUCCCGAUGGAAAUCGCCAGUUGGCUGGAUAUCUUUACCCCUUUAUACGGAACUAUGUGAGCACCAUUAAUGCUACUCUCAAAAUCUGCUGGGACCUGGUUCCGGAAGAUGGCAUGAAAGAGUUGACGAAAGUAAUCAGUCUCUCGGAAACUUACAACGUGGACUUUCCGCUGGGUAUUCAUGGCAUUGAGCAUGGGACGACCAAACAAAACGUUCAUAUGGAGGUUUCUAGCUGGUUCGUGAUGCUACCCAUGGAACCCUAUUGGGUCCGAUCAUGUUUCUUGAACAAACUGGGUUGGGAGAGGAUUAUACCAUUGAUGUUACUUUUGGCUGUAGUGCUGGGCAAUGCCCACCGAAUUGAAGUGGGCUUGAGUCCCAGCUGGCGAUGCUGCUUCGUGGGAGAUAAAGUCCUGCGAGGAAUCCUGGCACAGCCGAUUAUCCUACCCACAGCACUCUCCCCCAAACUAAUGCUCAUUUAUUGGUUACUUCUGCUGAGUGGAUUCUUUGUUAGCAACUUUUACACAGCCAAUCUCGAAACUUGGUUGGUAGAUCCACCAUUGGCUCAUCCAGUCCGCACCUGGGAACAAAUGCGCAGCUUGAAUCUGAGGCUCCUAAUUGUCCCUUCCGAAUUUGAUACCUUAAAGAAGGCCCUAGGCAAGGAAUUUACAGAUGAGUAUAGUGAUAUUUUCGAACUAACCAACUCGGUGGAGUUCCAAGACAUGCGACUAUCUAUGGACCCAUCUUAUGCCUAUCCUGUGACCGAGACCUUGUGGCCACUUUUGAAGCAUGCACAGACCAGACUCCUGAAACCAGCAUUCCGACGAUCCAGGGAGAUAGAGAUCAUACAUCUAUUGAUCAUGUCCAUGCCCUUGCCACACAAUUCUAUAUUUUACAAAUCAUUAAAUCGCUAUAAAUCACUCACUUAUCAGAGCGGAUUGUAUGAGUAUUGGUUCAAACGGAGCUUCAAUGAGUUACUUGACCUGCGGAAAAUCAAUUACAAAAUAGAUGACAACCUUGAGACAUAUCGGGACUUCGAGUGGCACGACUAUAGCUUUGUAUGGCUGGCCUUCCUGGUGGGAACUAUCAUUAGUUUCUUAGUCUUUAUUGGUGAAAUUAAAUACCACAGAUGGCACUUAAACAAAACAUCACUUUAA